AUGCAGGUGCUGCUUUGGCCUCUCGUGUACUUCUUGCAGUACGUGCUCCCAAGUCCUUUGCCAGCCUUCAGCGUCAAGCGCUUUCUCAGGUUCUUAGGGCCUGGCUGGCUCGUGGCGAUGGCUUACUUGGAUCCAGGCAAUCUCGAGGCUGACAUGCAGGCGGGAGCAGCGAGAGGCUCUUUCUCCGCGGCAGGCAGUCCGUAUGCGGGGGAAGAGCCUGCUCAAAGCGGAUACGGAUAUUCGAUGCUCUGGCUCUUGCUGUGGGGCCAUGCCUUUGGAGGGGUUUUCCAGGUGCUCGCUGCGCGGCUUGGGAACGUCACGAAUGCGGAUCUCGCCACCUUGUGCCGCAAAGAGUAUGGCGCUAUCGCCUGUUUCUUUCUUUGGCUUGCCACAGAGGCAGCAAUCAUUGGCGCCGACUUCCAAGCUGUGAUUGGCAGUGCGCUGGCGCUGCAAGUGCUCUUAGGGCUGCCCAUGUGGCUGGGGGUGUGCCUUACACUGGUGGACUGCCUCUCAGUCCUUGCAUUCAAAGGUUCAGGUUCUCGAGGCUUGGAACGAGUGUUUGGGUGUCUCAUCCUGGUGAUGGCCACAUGCUUUGGCGUAAAUGUCUGCUUGUCUCGCCCCUCUCUGCUGCUUCUGCUGCGCGGCUUGGCUCUGCCAAGCGUCCCCGCUUCGCGCCAGGAGGCAGCCUCGCUUCUGUCGAUGCUAGGCUGCAUUCUGAUGCCUCACGGCCUCUACCUCCACUCGGCGCUGGUGAAGUCUCGCAAAGUGGACAGGCAUAACCCCGAGAAGGUCAUGGAAGCAAACUAUUACUUUGGACUGGAAGCCGCUCUGGCACUCACCGUCUCCUUCAUCCUCAAUGCAUGCGUUGUCUGCACCUUUGCGAGCCCACGCAUUCCUACACCGCAUCAACUUGAACUCGCCACCGCUGCUGAUGCCCUUCGCGAAGCCUUUGGUGUCGGUGCCUUUAUUGCAUGGGCUCUUGGUCUUCUCGCUGCCGGUCAGAAUGCAACGAUGGCAGGAACCUACGCGGGGCAGUUCGCGAUGCAAGGCUUUCUCCGAUUGAGAUGCUCACGGACUGUGAGACUGAUGGCGACACGUCUGAUCACCAUAGGCCCACUGCUGCUGCUUCUGCUGCUGCGCCAUGAGACAUUGGACAGAAUAUCAGAGGCCAUCAACAUCCUGCAAGCCCUCCUGCUGCCUCUCACACUCGUACCGCUACUCGUCUUCAGCAUAAGUCAGGAAGUCAUGGGCGAUUUCGCACUCACUGGUUGGCGUUCGGUUACAGCAAUGGGAAUGGCGGCUGCGCUCGCUGUGCCUGCGCCAGAAGCUGCUGCUCGCGUUUGCGCUGUGCGCAUACACCGCAAUCCUAGUGUCAGUGGCGCUGCGGCCGGUGAAGAGCUCCAAUUUUCACUGUUUCCUUCCAAAAGAGGCCCCCAACCACCGAAAAACCUUAUUGGAUUGUCUUUUACUAUGGGUCUGCAGGCAGGGAGUAAGUGCUCUGCAAGACUUACUUCGGUGGUGGUAACACAAAGUCAGAUCCCCCUAAAUCAUGCUGUGGUUCACAAUGGCCGCUCCAUUAAUUAA